AUGUACGGCGGUGGAUACGAGUAUGGAGACCCGGACCCGUACCAUGACCCGGACAGUAGAGUGGCUGACGUGGACAUCGACGAUGAUGAGGAUGAAUCAGACGAGAUCACUCAGGAGGACGCAUGGACGGUGAUCAGCUCAUAUUUCGAGGAGAAGGGCCUCGUGAGGCAGCAAUUGGAUUCCUUUGACGAGUUCAUACAGAACACGAUGCAGGAGAUUGUCGACGACUCAGCCAACAUCGAGAUCCGACCCGAAGCUCAGCACAAUCCGGGCCGGAGCUCCGACUCUGUUGAGACAGUCUACAGGAUUAGCUUUGGCCAGAUAUACCUGAGUAAACCGAUGAUGACAGAGUCUGACGGAGAGACUAACACACUGUACCCGAAAGCCGCUCGGCUGAGGAAUCUAACUUAUUCUUCACCGCUUUACGUGGAUGUCAUAAAACGAGUCGUGAAGAAAGGCUACGAUUGUGAGGAGGUCAUGGAGACUCAAGAAUUCCCUAAAGUUUUCAUUGGAAAGGUUCCGAUAAUGCUACGAUCGAGCUAUUGUAGCUUGUUUAGUCUUUCGGAGAAAGACUUGAUGGAGAUUGGUGAAUGCCCUUACGAUCAAGGCGGAUACUUCAUUAUAAACGGGAGUGAGAAAGUGCUGAUUGCUCAGGAGAAAAUGAGCACCAAUCACGUGUACGUUUUCAAGAAGCGGCAGCCGAACAAAUAUGCCUACGUGGCCGAGGUUAGAUCGAUAGCCGAGUCGCAGAACAAACCACCCAGCGGCAUGUUUGUUCGGAUGCUGUCCAGGCCCGGCGCAAAAGGGGGAUCAUCAGGGCAGUACAUACGAGCUACCCUUCCGUACAUCAGAACUGAAAUUCCGAUCAUUAUUGUUUUCCGGGCUUUAGGAUUGCAAGCGGAUAAAGAUAUUCUGGAACGCAUAUGCUACGAUUUUAACGACGUGCAAAUGUUGGAGUUGCUGAGGCCUUCCUUGGAGGAAGCAUUUGUGAUACAAAAUCAACAGGUUGCGCUCGACUAUAUUGGCAAGAGAGGAUCUACUGUUGGCGUCACAAGAGACAAAAGAAUCAAGUACGCAAAAGAAAUACUCCAAAGAGAGAUGCUUCCGCAUGUUAGUACUGAAGAAAACUGUGAAUCCAAGAAAGCUUAUUAUUUCGGAUACGUUAUCCACAGGCUGUUAAUAUGUGCACUUGGAAGGAGACCCGAAGAUGAUCGAGAUCACUAUGCGAACAAGAGGCUCGACCUUGCUGGUCCAUUGUUAGGGGGUUUAUUUCGAAUGUUAUUCAGAAAGUUAACCAGGGAUGUCGGGUCGUAUGUUCAAAAGUGUGUUGAUACUGGGAAGGAUGUAAAUUUGCAAUUUGCGAUUAAGGCAAAAACUGUCACGAGCGGACUCAAGUACUCUCUUGCUACCGGAAAUUGGGGCCAAGCGAAUGCAGCCGGGACCAGAGCCGGAGUUUCUCAGGUGCUCAAUCGUUUAACAUAUGCUUCGACACUUUCGCAUCUGAGGAGACUGAACUCUCCCAUUGGCCGUGAAGGUAAAUUGGCUAAGCCUAGGCAGCUGCACAAUUCGCACUGGGGAAUGAUGUGCCCUGCAGAAACACCCGAAGGCCAAGCAUGCGGAUUGGUCAAGAACCUAGCACUUAUGGUGUACAUAACAGUAGGAUCAGCAGCAAACCCCAUUCUCGAGUUUCUUGAAGAGUGGACGACUGAGAGUUUUGAGGAAAUAUCGCCAGCUGUAAUUCCUCAAUCCACGAAGGUAUUCGUGAACGGUACCUGGAUUGGAAUCCACCGCAACCCGGAGCUAUUAGUCAGGACUCUCAGACAACUAAGAAGACGGGUUGAUGUGAACACUGAAGUUGGUAUUAUCCGUGAUAUACGUCUGAAAGAGCUUCGGCUGUACACAGACUAUGGAAGGUGCAGCCGGCCAUUGUUCAUCGUCGAGAAACAAAAGCUGCUUAUCAAAAAGAAUGAUAUUCUCGCUCUCCAGCAGAGAGAAUCCCUAGAGGAAUACGGUUGGCAUGAUCUAAUAAGAAAAGGGUUUAUCGAAUAUGUCGACACAGAAGAAGAGGAGACCACCAUGAUAUCAAUGACAAUAAAUGACCUUAUGAAUUCGAGGCGAAAUCCGGAUGAUGCUUACUCGGAAACAUUUACGCACUGCGAAAUUCAUCCUUCGCUGAUCUUGGGUGUUUGUGCUUCAAUCAUUCCUUUUCCUGACCACAAUCAGUCUCCUCGUAACACGUAUCAAUCUGCAAUGGGAAAGCAGGCAAUGGGAAUAUACGUCACCAAUUACCAGCUACGGAUGGAUACAUUGGCCUAUGUGCUUUACUAUCCUCAGAAGCCCCUCGUCACUACUCGUGCGAUGGAGCAUUUACAUUUCAGACAGCUUCCGGCUGGCAUUAAUGCCAUAGUUGCAAUUGCAUGCUAUUCUGGAUAUAACCAAGAAGAUUCUGUAAUCAUGAACCAAUCUUCCAUCGACCGCGGAUUCUUUCGUUCUUUAUUCUUCCGUUCGUACCGGGACGAAGAAAAGAAGAUGGGGACACUAGUAAAAGAGGAUUUCGGUCGUCCGAGUAGGGAAAGCACACUGGGAAUGCGUCAUGGAUCGUACGACAAAUUAGAUGACGAUGGCUUUGCACCUCCGGGGACAAGAGUCUCGGGUGAGGAUGUCAUUAUCGGGAAGACCUCACCGUUACCUCAAGAAGAAGCUCAAGGAAAAUCCGCAAGAUUCACAAGCAAGGAUCAUAGUACUAGCUUGCGCCAUAGUGAAACCGGAAUUGUUGAUCAGGUACUGCUGACGACGAAUGCUGAUGGACUGAGGUUCGUGAAGAUCCGUAUGAGAUCAGUUCGUAUACCGCAAAUCGGGGACAAGUUUAGCAGCCGGCACGGACAGAAGGGUACAAUCGGUAUGACUUACACGCAAGAGGACAUGCCGUGGACAAUGGAAGGCAUAACUCCCGACAUUAUAGUUAAUCCUCACGCUAUUCCUUCUCGCAUGACAAUCGGACAGCUCAUCGAGUGCAUCAUGGGUAAAGUGGCUGCUCACAUGGGCAAGGAAGGAGAUGCUACACCUUUUACUGAUGUCACUGUGGAUAAUAUCAGCCGAGCCCUCCACAAGUGCGGCUACCAAAUGCGGGGAUUCGAAACAAUGUACAACGGGCACACGGGCCGUGUUCUAACGGCUAUGAUAUUCCUGGGCCCAACAUACUACCAGAGGCUGAAGCAUAUGGUUGACGAUAAGAUCCAUUCUCGUGGGCGGGGCCCGGUUCAGAUCCUGACCCGGCAGCCAGCCGAGGGUAGGUCUCGGGACGGAGGGCUGAGGUUCGGUGAGAUGGAGCGAGACUGCAUGAUAGCUCAUGGGGCGGCGCAUUUUCUCAAGGAGAGGCUUUUCGACCAGAGUGACGCGUAUCGGGUGCACGUGUGCGAGAAGUGCGGGAUCAUGGCCAUUGCCAACCUUAAGAAGCACAGCUUCGAGUGUCGGGGAUGUAAGAACAAGACAGACAUUGUUCAGAUAAACAUACCUUACGCGUGCAAGCUUCUGAUACAAGAGCUCCUGUCGAUGGCGAUUGCGCCUCGGCUGCUGAUGAAGGAUUUGAGGAUGCUCAAGGAGGAGAAGAAGAAGGGAGGUGGGUGA